CCCUUCUUUUUUGUUUCAGGCGAAGAGAUGGCCCAGCCCGGAUACAACGUCCCGCGGUCCAUCUUCCAGGGGGGAAUCCUCCCUCCGGAUCGUCCGGGCCACUGGUCAAGAAACCCCGGCUGACCAAGAAGACUCCUCCCCCCGGGACCACCUCCAAGUCUCCCGCUAAGGGGAGGGACCAGGUCCCUGCAGCUGUAGAGAACAUGCCCCCACCUCCCUCGCGACCUCCAGUCCCUACUCGGGAACAGGAGGCAUCGGCUGGAACCCCGCCAGGUCCCACUCCCAUCGUGCAUAUCCCGGUUAACACCCAGGCCCUGGAGAAAAUCCUCGAGGUCUUCCGAGGGACGGUUUACGAGACCGCGAGCUAUACGGUGGAUCAUUACUACAAUGCCACCCCGAGGGACUUGCGGGAGAUCGAGACGAGGAGCCCCGAGAAUGUUAUGGAGUUUUCGCUGGGGAUGACCCUCACGGCGGCUUUGGCUCUACACCGUAGCAUAGCUCGGUCUAGGGCCAGGAUUGACGAGAUCAGGGGCGAGUUCCAGGCUGCUCAGGCCGCUCUCGCGUCUGCACAACAGGAAGAGAAAAAUGCCAAGGUUGCCCUGACGGCUGCCAAAGAAAGUGAAAAGGCCGCACAGGUCGCCUUGGCCGCUGCGAAGGCCGAACUGGAGGCGGCCAGGGCUAAGCAAUUGGAGGCCGAGGCUGCACAGGUUGCCUUGGCCACUGCGAAGACUGAGCUCGAGGAGGCCAAGGCUAAGUAGUUGGAGGCCGAGGCCACCACUGUGGCAAAGAGGGCGUCUUCCAGCUCCUCCAUGGAGGCCAUGCUCUAUCACUGCUGGGCCUUCAACCAGGAUGGCGACUUCUCCUUCCUGGCGCCUGAGGUGUGGGAGCCAUUCCUCGAGAAGUUCAAGGCCCGCCUUCAAUAGGAGCCGCCUUCUGAGACUGGGGAGACUUCCGCUGCAGUAAUGCCCCGAAUUCUCCGAUGAGUUUAACGGCAUGAAUAGUAGGCCGGGAGGGCCAUAUUUGCUUAAUUAUGUUAUUAAUUGAUAAAUGGAUGUAUAUGUUGAUUAUAUUAUGAUAUGAUGUGAAAUGCAUGCAUGUGAGUCCAUAUCUCUUAUUACAGGGGUGUGAUGAUAAUUUGGCCCGUUGAGGGUAAUUUGUGUAUUUGGGUGCAUAACUUGUUUUGUGAAUGAGAUUCCAUUAUUAUGGAGAUAUAUUCGAGCUAAGCAACAUGAGACGAUUAUUUUUAGUGGAUUAGGGGUCAAUUUUGGGGUAAUAGAAAUGUUCAUUUGAUGAUAAAUUGGGAAUAUUUGAGAUUAGGGUGAAAUUUUGGAGGUUUUGACUAUAAUGUCCCCGGGGGUGUUUUCGGGACCUCGAGCAUUAGGUUUUAUUUGAGGUUACUUAAGGUUGAAGUAGCUUAUCAGAUAGAACAUACGAUAAGAAAACCUUUCGUUCCCCCUUUUCAAAGUCCGUUUUACCGUUUAAGCCUUUUUGACGAAAUCUUGAGUUCUAGGAGUCGGAAUCGAGUGAGGAUCGAGGCAUAGCGAUCCUAGGGAAGAUUAGAAGCUUCUUAACUGAAGGAUUCGACGGAAAACAACCCAAUUGAAGGUAAUCGAAGUUUAAGUUUUGAGUUUUUCCGAGUUUCUAAGCUUUGAAUUGACUUUGUGAAUUGUUGAGUUUUCGGUUCGUUCGAGCCUUGGGUUUUGAGGGUUUUGAUGCAUGGGGAAGCUUGGGAACUUUAUUUUGAUGAUUGGGGAAUGUUUAGGGAUGA